AUGAAAAACUCUAUGUCUUUGAUUAACACGAUCAAUCUUACAACUGACCUGUGGUGGUCUGGUGAGCAGAGGAUAGGUUAUAUGACUGUGUCUGGUCAUUUUAUUGAUUCAAAAUGGCAGCUUCACAAAAGAGUUUUAUCUUUUAAAAAUGUGUCACCACCACAUUCAGGUGAGGCUUUAUGUAGGGAAUUGAUUAAGGUCAUGGAUGAUGGGGGCAUAAAGGAUAAGGUUGUUUCAAUUUCAGUUGAUAAUGCUAGUGCCAACGAUAAUUGCAUUUCUAGAUUGAAGAAAGAUUAUUCUGGUAGGAGAAAUCUACCAUUGAAUGGUAAACUAUUUCAUGUGAGAUGUUGUGUACACAUUUUAAAUUUGUUGGUUCAGGAUGGUCUUGAUAUGAUUAAGGUGAUUGUUGAUAAGAUUAGAAACGGGGUCAAAUACUUGCUGAAUUUUGAAACUAGAUGCAAAGCAUUCAAAAAGAUUGUUGAUGAGUUACAACUUGAAGGCAAAAUGCAAGUGUUGGAUACUAAGACAAGGUGGAACUCAACUUGGUUAAUAUUGUCCACUACAUACCACUACAGAGAAGUCUGGCCUAGAUAUGCUGAAGAAAAUGGUGCAUUUCUCAACUUUUUGCCCGAUGCAAAUGAUUGGGAAGAUGUUCAUGAUAUUUGCAAGUUUUUAGAGGUUUUUGCUGAUGUUACAUCAAUUAUUAGUGGCACCUCUUAUCCUACUGCUAAUUUGUUUUUGGUUGAGCUGUACAGGGUGAAGGUUCUAGUUGAUAAACCUUCAAGCAUCUCAAAUAAUCCUUAG